CGACAGGAUAACAGUUAAAUCCUAUCCCCCUCUCUUCUCUUCUCCAUCUUACAUCUACUCCCGCGCCCUUCUUCCCCUUCUCCCUCAUUCCAUUUUAACGACCUUCCCAUAAUCUCCCAUUCGUCAUCAGCCUAAUCAACAUCAACGGCUCAAAUAAUAUCACCCUACCCUCAUCUUCUUUCUCUCUAGCCUAUAGAAUAGUCCAUUCGUACUCCGUGCUGCAUUCCUAUUUUGGUCGGCGAUUUGUGUAUUGGGUCUCCCUCUCGCUUUCCCGCUCCUCCAUCGUUCACUCGACUCCUUGGCCACUCCCGCCCCCUUUCCGCCGUGCACGAAAACAUUCCGGGUACAUAUUUCGUCUCCGUACCGAAACCGGGAUCCUGUUAUCGCCUGACUGUACCGCCGAUAAUUUUAGCGCCCGAUAAAUUCUGCUCCUGGUAAACUCACCCAUUGAUGACUUCGACGCGCAAACCUCCCGCGGGAAACAACGUUUCAAGUCUACAGAACCGACGCUCCAUGCCUCCCACGGCCCCCCCCGCCUCUCGGGGACCCGCUCGCUCUCCGACCCCAAACUCCAGUGGGCCGGCCGUUGGUCCGCCCAGUGGUGUCGCACGCCGUAACCCCAGCAGAAACAGCAUCUCAUCCCCACUCAGUGCCCGUGCUGCCGCCAAGCGCCCUUCAUCCAACUCUUCCGAUGCAGACCUUGAGAGUGCAGCAAUUCUGGAAGAUCUACGUAGCAGAUUGGCCCAGAGCGAGUCCGCAGCUGAAGCUGCUGCUGAGGAGUACGCUAAGCAGGUCAAGGCCUUGCAAAUAAGGCUCGAGGAGGCUUUGGGUGAGCAAAUGAAGAUGGAGGAAGUAUCUCACGCUAGGGAUGAAGUCAUUGAAAACUUUGAAAUCCAAAUUAAGGAGUUGACGAGGGCAAAAAGGGAUCGGGAGAACAUAUAUGAGGCGGAGGUAAGCAUGCGCUUUCAUUGUGAUACCAUUGGCUUGAUCUGAUUAUGGCACUUUCCCACCAGAGAAUCGCUGCCCAGCAAGAAAAAGAGGAGAUGCUAGAUAGAGAGGAAGAACUUAAUGCUAUUGUCCAACGGCUUAAGGAUUCUCUUGCUCAGCGCGAGAAAUCAGUUGACCAUGACAGUCGUAACUGUAUGUUUUAUUUGAAUAUUAUCUACAGGGAUCCAAAACUAAUUCCCUCUUCCCCAUUUGCAGCGCUCGAGACCCCUGUGGACGAAUCUCUUGGAUUUGCACCAUCCAACAAUGCUCCGACUCCUAAUCGCAGCAACAAUAUCCUUCUCCAGAAGGACAAACUCAUUGAGUCGCUUCGCUUGGAGCUCGCUGAGGCGCAGAUCCGGCUCGCCGAAGCUGACCAUCAAGGAGGCACCAAGCUGCACCAAUUGGAGCAGCAGCUCCUUGAAACCCGGAUGACAAACGCACGUUUGAUGGAGGAUAAUGAGAGUUUCCAACUUCUCCUUUCGUCUGCGGCCCUCAAUGGGGACUUCCCGCGUGGCGAUUACAACGACGCAUUCUCGGAGGUUGAACCCGAACAAGAGUCACAUGUGGUCAAAAAGGUGCAAGGCUCGCCCCGGAAUUCGAUCUCUCUUGGAUCCAACCUGGCGGAAGAGCUUGAAGAGGCUACCCAUAGCGAAACUGAGAAAUACCGCAAGGCCGAGAGUGAGUUGAAGGCGUUGAAGGAGCAGAAUAAAGCAAUGUCCCUCUAUAUCAAUAACAUCAUCGAGCGGAUUUUGCAGCAUAAAGAUUCUGAAGCUAUCCUUGAUAAAACAGCCUCGCUCGGCGCUUCUGUGGUCGCCCCAACUGGCACUGACAAGGCGUUGCCUCCCCCGCCAGCUGAGGAAGAGCCGGGCCACGGAAAAAUCCUUCAGAGGACAAAAUCGUUGGCCAACCGAAAUAACGCGAAACCCCCCAAACAGCCAACUGAAGGUGGGGCAGUGCUGACCAGAUCACAAUCUAUGCGCGCCCCUCCGGUUGGUGCGCACAAACGGUCGCAAUCUGAUGCUAAUACAGUCUACACCGGCGCCAGUGUAGUCAACAAUCUUUAUCGCGGUGAAGGAAUAAUUACGCCACGGUCUCAGACAUUUUACGGGAACGAGCAGUUUAAUAAGGGAAAUCGUCCAAGAAAUUCGGAUAUCAGCCUUGACUCUACAACCUCUGACGUCGGUGAUCUUCCGCCUCGCCCGGCACCCUCACCCACGCAUACCGCGGCUGUGGGACCCAUUGCUGGUAAUAAGCUCCGGCCUUUGAGAUUGGUUCAGGAGAAUGUGAGUAAUGGCCUCGUUAGUCCACCGCUCCAAGGAGGCUCGAGAAAGAUCUCUGGUGAUUAUAAGGAUGAUAUCGAGGAUACAAAGGUGAAGCUUGAGAAAAGACAAAGUAAGAGGGGCAGCUGGUUAGUCACGCAUUCUUAUAUCACUCAACCCCCGACCUGUACUGACCUGCCCCGUGUUACAACAGGAUGACAUGGUUUAAUAGAACCAAGGAGGAACAGGCAUCCAUGCUUCCAGCCGAGAAUGUAUUGUUCGAGAGAAAGGAUGUUGAAUAGGUUGUUGAUGCCCAUUUUGGAACUUGGCCCUUUUGUUUCGUGUUUCUCUCUCUCCUCUUUUAAAUUGCGUUCUAGAUGGCUUGUCUUGGGUAACGAUCGAUCUGUGUAUAUGUUUUUGCUGCUGAGCUGGUUUUAUUCUCUCAUCCCCUCCACCCGCUCCCUCUGCCUCCCUCUAUUCCUUUGACGUUUCUUUUUUUCCCUUUUCUUACUCUCGUUAGGUCAAACCCUUUUUAGCUCCUUAAAACGAUAUCUUCGGCGGUUUGAUGGAUGUGUAAUGACUCUUUUUAAACCCAAAUCGUUUUUGCUGUUUUUUCCCCUGCAUUCAUUACACUGCACUGGGCUCCUAUCAGCAACAUUUUCACUUGAAUGCAUGGGUGGAUGCCUUGAUCCAAUGAAUCAAUAAAUUUGUCACCCGGGAGCUUGGGUCAUGCGCGCGGGUGCAAAAUCCAACGCGUGUGCGCACGUGACUUCGCGGAACGUGUUGUUAGCGAGUGAGCUUUUGUGAUUUUUCUAGGUUAUGAUAUUUUCAUGUUUGCACAAAUCAGAAGUGGCCUUUCCCAUGACGUG